UCCACCCCUACGCAGCCUUGCAUUGGCCUUGCAUGUCCUGCCGAUGCCCACCGCAGCCAUGAAUCCCGCCGGCAGCUACGGUACGCUCAAGCUCUGCCUCGCCUGGGUCAGCGUCGUUUGGUACAUUUCCCUCCUGUCCUUGGGUCUCCUUGGCUGUCGUGCUGCGUACGAACCGACGACCGUCUUGCUCGCAUCCGCAGAUGCGUCUUCCGUGCCUGGUGUAUCCAUCUUACGACCGCUGAAAGGCCUCGACACGAACUUGUACGAAAACCUGGAAUCCACAUUUACUCAAGACUAUCCGAACUACGAGAUCUUCCUCUGCGUGGCAGAUGAAAAUGAUCAAGCUCUUCCCAUCGUUCGCGAUCUCAUGGCGAAGUAUCCGAAUGUGAACGCUCAUCUAAUGAUAGGCGAAGAGAACGUAGGAGUUAACCCUAAGAUCAACAAUCUCAUGCGUUCUUACCGAGCUGCGGCGAAUGAUAUCCUCUGGGUGCUCGACUCCAAUGUCAUGGUUGCUUCAGGCACCCUGGCUCACUCAGUGGAAGCCCUCGACGGCCCAGCUGACCUCCCAUCGUCGCGCCGACGAAUCGCUCUGGUGCACCACGUACCAUUCGCUUGGUCAAGCGAGUACGCGCUGGGAUCCCACAUCGAGGAAGCCUUUCUCAACACAAAUCACGCUAAGAUGUACGUCGCCAUCAACACUGUCGCCAUUGACAGCUGCGUCAUGGGCAAAUCAAACCUCUACCGUCGCUCGGAUCUAGAACGCGUGGAUGGUUCACUGAAACCCAUCGCUGACGCGGCGGAAGGGGGCAGUCAACCAGGGCCGAAGGGUCUUGCUGCGUUCGGCCGCUUCCUCGCUGAAGACAAUAUGAUUGCCGCCGCCCUAUGGCACGAGCUCGGGUUGCGGCAUGAUCUGUCGUGCGACGUAGCAAGGAACGCGGUGGGCAAUAUGAGUCUGCCUGACUACAUAUGGCGCCGUGUCCGGUGGAUACGGGUUCGGAAGCAUAUGGUACUUGCCGCAACCUUGCUGGAACCAUUCACGGAGGGCGUCAUGGCCGGCUGCCUCGCUGCAAUAGGCUUACACUACCUAUUCGGAACUACUCCUUGGCUAUUCCUUCCCCUUCACUUCGCCUGUACCACUGCGAUCUCGGUUGGCGUUCAUCGGCGCAUGGGCUUUCGGGAGUUGCUGGCCUUUCCAAUAUGGGCGUUUGCUAUUGUCGGAAGCGAAGUGGAGUGGAGGGGCCGGCGGUACCAAGUGUUGAGGAAUGGGAGGUCAAGAGGGCACAGAGCGGAGGCAAGGGUCCUCUGGGGUGGUUUGGUAUGCUAGGCCUUCUGUGAAGUUGCACCGUUUGAAUUUCUCCACUAUCCGCCAGUCGUGAGCAGGUACAUGGAUACGAACAGUAAUAAUGAGGGUUUGACUCCGGAUUUGCGUUUCGUCGAUCACUGACUAUUGAAAUGGUUGUGUUGUAGCGAGCGCAUGGCGCAGAAAAGAAUACGUUGGUUGCGCGGACUUGGGCACCGCCAAGUACUCGUCCGAGUCGUCAUGGCUCUACUACUUACCAAACUAGGUAAACUCCGGGCGUCAAAGCCUUUGGACAAUACGCCCAAAUAGCACCUCGCCCAUCCACGUGAGCUGGUACUCCAUAUACAGCC